AACAAAUGCUCGAAAUGGAGAAGCGGGUUGCCAAAGAUUUCUACAACAAAGUCCAGAGCUAUCUCCCCAAUGAUAAGGAGAGGGAGUCACUCUAUGAGGUACUUCGCAUUUAUCAGGGUAACCUUGACCUACACAGCCUCAUCAAUGAACUCAAACACAUUGUCAACACUCCCGGGAAGAUGCAAUUAUUUGAGGACAUUCGGCCUCUUAUUCCCCUUCGCCACCAGAUGGAGUAUGACACGUGGGUCCCACGUCGUUCUGGUGGCAGAUUAUGUGUGAUUAGGCUACAGAGGAUGGGAGGGGAUUCGCUAGGAUUUUCAGUGAGAGGAGGUCUUGAACAUGGUGUUGGUAUCUACGUGUCACAUGUUGUGCCAGAAUCACUUGCCUACAUCCAGGGUCUCAGGGUUGGUGAUCAAAUUGUUCGAGUCAAUGGAUUCACAAUAGACCAAGCCAUCCAUGAGGAGGUGCUCAACCUGAUCAAGGGUCGCAAUGAAAUCGUUCUCAAAGUGCUGCGGGUUGGGAUGAUCCCAAUUCGUGACAAACCCUCGGACCCCGUGACUUGGAAGUAUGUCGAUUUCUUAGAUCCUGCCAAAAUCUUGAAAAAAGUGGCUGGUGACGAUGACUCAAAUAACGCGGGAGAUCACCGGGAAGUGAGGCUGUUUGUUAAUAUGACUGGAGCUGAAAGUUUUGGAUGCAGUAUUUGCAGUGGUCCCCCAACUCUCCCAGGUAUCUUUGUCCAGUCCAUCAAGUUGGGAAGCCUGGCUGAGGAGGCUGGCCUUGAAGUCGGCGAUCAGAUCAUCAACGUGAAUGGAUCCAACUUCCAUAAUAUCAGACAUUCAGAGGCAGUUGUUGCGUUGAAAUCAAGUAAACAACUCAACAUAACUUUGAGAAGGGGUGCUGGUCUGACCCUAUUUGGCGCAAAGAUCCAACCAGCUACUAUCGACAAUGAAAUGGAGGAGGAAAAACGUCACAAGCUCCAACAGCUACUGAGAGAUAGGGAGCGCCGAGAGAGGCAGGAUCAGGAAAGCCUUGAUCUUAUAAGAAAAGUCCUUGAAGAAGAGGAAAGACAGCGAGAAGGAGAGAAGCGACAGAAGGCUGAAGAAGAGGCAAGGAGAGAAGAGGAGAGGUGGAGGAAAGAAGAGGAAGGUAUGGAUGAUGCUAAGGUUCUAAAGGGCCAGAGAACAGCAAGGGAAAUCCAAGAGGAAAUGAUUCGGAUUAGUCUCGAGCAACAGGAGAAGGAGAAUGAGAGACAGCGCAGACUUGAUGAAGAACGUGAAAGAAAUGCCCACGAAGAGGCCAGAAGAAUGCGAGGUCAGAAAGAAAGAUAUGCCGGUGGCGAGGAGGGUGAGCCACUCCGCUUGAAGCGGAUGCGCAAGGAGUUUGAGCUACGCCGCAUCUUCAUACAACAACAGGAAAUGAGUGCUGAGAGAGAGCACCUCCUUCGCCAGGAGAGAUACCAACAGAUGGUUCAGGAGGCACAGCGAGAGCUUAAAGAAGAGUCUAAGAAAACACCUGGGGCCCAACGUCGCCCACCGCCCAUUCAGCUGCGGCCCGUCUCACAAGAUUUCCAUGUUCUCGUCACCCCACCAACACCUACAAUAGCUUCGAAGAGCUCUAGCAUUCGUGAGUCACCAGUCCAUCAAGUCCAUGUCGAUCCGAGGAGGCAGCCGCCAAAGUCAAUGAUGAAGUCUGGUCCAAGUAAAGCGGAGAGACUAAUGUUGAAGAAGCCAUCUUUCAGUGAUGGCCACUGCAGACCCUAUAGUUUUACUAUCAUAGAAGAUGUCAAGAAGUCUGAACAAGAAGUCACAGAGGAUAACUUUAAUCCUAACCACUUGUUCACGAAUGAACAGAUAGCUGGAAGACAGGUCAUUUUUGUCAAAAUUAAAAAGGAUGGUUUGCCUCUCAACAUGUCAAUAGAGGGAGGCACUGACUCGCCGAUUGGAGGCAAAAUUGUUGUCUCUGAGAUAUAUGUGGGUGGAGCUGUGUAUAGGCAAGGAGGUAUUCACCGCGGUGACCAGAUCAUGAUGGUAGAUGGCAUGAGCCUGCUCGAUAUCACUCUGUCUCAGGCUCAGAAUAUCCUUAAGGAAGCUCUGAAAAGACCAGCAAACGAAGUGAGAAUGGUUGUAGCACUUGACCCGCCAAAGUCAUAUGAAGAUGAAGUGAGAUAUCGAGCACUUCCUUUCUCUAACAUUGACUGAAUCCAUUGAAGGUGAAAUCAGCAUUAUUGAAUUAAUCUUUUGGUCAGAAAUUUCUCUACUGGCAUGGAAGGUGCCAGGUGUUAUACAUUCGAAUUGUCAGAAGUUGUCACAAUGUAUAUGAAAUUGAAAAGACAGCGUUAUGCAAUGCAUAACUCUAGUAGUUCUAUAGUGUUAUUAACUUCUGCUGAUUUCAGUUAUUCCUCCAUGUAUCUGAGAGGGUCCUUUAAAUCAGAGUAGCCUUUUCAAAAAUAAGUGGCAUCUUGUACCAGUUGGUUUACAAAUAGGCACCAAAAAUCUAUUCCUUGGGAUGUUGGUUCAUUUUUAGGCAUAUAUUGUUGUGACAGCUACUGAUAUAAGUUAGCUAUAGUGUGUGCAUGUCCUCCCCUGUCCUCGCUUUUGGUUGCAUGUGUAUCAAUUUUUUUAUUGUGAAUGUAUUCUUUCACUGAAAGAUCUCAAUAUUCAAGCUAAAUUCUUAUAUACCUGUAUCGACCAUUGUGAUAAAGCUCAAUUGUAUUGUUUUCAAAGACAUGAGUUUUCAACCUUUUUUUACAAUUAGACUUUUAUUUUACUGUUGCAGGGGAUUUUAGUUGAUUAUUCCAUUAAUUUAUUAUUGCUUAAACUAUCAUAUAAACCAUUCUUUAAAGUCCUUUUGUAGAGGUAUUUCAUUUUCACUUUCCCAAUCUGCAUUAUAAUGUAAUGCGGCAUAUAUUCGUAAUUUGGCCGAGGUUUUCGAAUCGUUUCUCAAAUGUCAGUAUAACACAUGUUUCAGAGGUAACGUGUUGUUCAAGCAGUAAAAUCAUAUACACUUAUAAAUGUGUGAAUCCCAAAUACUUUCUACCUUUGUUGAUCUAUUGAACAUAAACCUAGUAGCUAGUGUUCCUUCCUUUACUUAGCUUGCAAUCUGGUCAAAGUGAGUAGUACAUAUCGGUAAUGUUUUCAUCCAUUUAUAUAAAAAUGAAUUGGAUAAUAAUUAAAAGUCCUUCCUACAUUCUUAAAAUUGUCUGUCUAAAAUGAUCACAAUCUCACCGCUGCCUUGCCAAAAUCUUUGGCAAUACGACGGCUAUUCACCUUCACAAAGAACACGCAGCCCGCAGUGGACAAGUGACUACUUGUCCCAAUUCAUGCUGUAUCUAUUUUUCGAUGUUUUUUUCUCAGUCAUUGUUGUAAAAACAAACAACUAAUAAAUCACAUCUCUUACAUGCAUUGAUCUAAAUAUCUGUAGAAGUCACUUGUAAACUGCAUGUUUGCAUGACGAAACAUGUUUUUGUGAUUGAAACUAAAAAAUUGACAAAAGUUACGUACAAAAUUGCACAUCUAUUAGAAUAUUGAACCCAUUUGUGUCUGGUGUUUUAAAGAACUGAUAUGAAAUACAUUCUUCUGCUUAAUAUGCUAACCACAAUAAAAUUGAUUAUCUUUCUGUCUCAAUACUGUUUGAAUAACCAACAAACUGGUAACCUUCACAUCAUUUAAUGCUGUACUUGCAAUUAAUAACAAAUGUACUUGCUUGAUAUUGACCACUGAGUAAGGAUGGAUCGAUGGUCAAGUGAUAGUUGUCAAUUCCCGCAGUUAUUUCAGAACGUUCUUUGACAAGUUUUGGCACAAACUUUCAAUGCAAUAUUGGUAGCCGUUAAAUCAUACAUCCUUGAUAUGUUGAAAUUUAAAAACAGUUUUACAGUAUGCUUAUUUCAACGUAAUGGCCAAUGCACUCAAGCUUGUGAUUUUCAACAAUACACUACGACUGCAGUGUAAGGUAGGAAAUUUUCACCAACAUUUCAGAAAAAUAAAAUUUUCACUUCAUACUUCACGUUACCGGUCAAUAAUCUUUACUAUUUCUCUCCAUUACAGCACCUACUUCUAACUUGGACGAGUUCCUGGAUGAUUACGAUUCCGACGGCACCAAUUUCUACUACAAUGGUUUAGAGUCCCCAACAGGGAAAACAGGCGUUCCAGUCACAUUCAUUUGAAACAGUGUAACUUGGAACUGUUUCAGUCUAAGACACAGAAUACCGAGACAUUCACCGUGAUUAUCUCAAUCAGGACAAUUUUUUGGAUUGAGCAUGGUACUUACACAAUUGGCAAUGGAUGUGGUUUUCCAUCAAUGCUAUUGAAUUUAUUCAACAUGUUCAAGACCUGUGAGAGACUUGUGCCAUGGCCCGAUUUACGCUUUUGACACAGUUUUGACAUUAUGUUAAAUCUUCCACUUGUUCAGUAUUGUAUAUUCUGCUGCAUAAUCGUGUAUUAAAAGUCAACCUCUAAAAAAACAAUAUUAUCAUAGUCAUACUUUAUCGCCUAAAUAUCUAAUUUGCUUGUACAUGCAAUGUUAUGGGUCACAAUUUGUCUGAUGUAUUCAAUAGAUCUUGGGUUGUCAAUGAUCUCAAGGAGUUGAAAUCUCUCCAAGCUGGCUAAUGUCAGUUUGACAAUACGUAUUUGCCACUGACUGAGUGUUCUAAUUUACUAAGUAGAAUCUGCAUUCACUUCCGCCAUAUUUUUGGUAACGUAAUACAUGAUGGCAUACAUUAUUCAAAUGCUAACAUCAGAAACGAUGUAGGAUACUGUUGAAGACAUUUUUAAGUAUUUUUUUAAAAAUUCAAAUGUAUUCUUGCAUGAACAUGUGAUAUAUGAUAGUCAAUCAUCAGAUAUCCUUCUAUAGUGUAUUACUGGGCAAAUUUUUGAGUUUUGAGCCAAUUUUACAAAUACCAGGUAGAGCACUGGAUCUAUGCACAAUACAUUCCACUGUAUGAUAAUCAUGUACGAUCAUGAGUAAGAAUGAGCUUAAUAAACUUAAUUUAUUCAUUUACAAAA